CACGUUCUCACUUUCUUCCCCCACACAUUGAUUUUCCGGGAAAACCUCAAGAAAAUCCAAGAAAAUCCCGUUCUAAGGCCAAAGGCAGUCGAGUUCUGAAGAUCACAAACCCUAACAAGGAGUAACCAUAGCUGGCACAGGCCUCCUCGAUCUGAAUCACUUAGUCUAGGAAAUCAGGUACUGCCUGGUUUUCUUUUUUAUGGCUCUGUUAUUUUCAGCCUUUUCAAUAACCCUAGUUUGGUCCGGUGCGAUCUGGAGUGAGAAACCCUAUUAAGCACCAUCUCUCCGCGCUAGUUUCUUGUCUUUUUCCUUUGUGAAACCCUAGAUUUUGGUGGUUGUGGCGGCGGAAGGGUGCGUUUGAGAGACGGACUUGGUAUCUGCUUGGUUGGUUGGGUACGGUGGCUUUUUGUUGUGCCUCAUGCGAUUUGAUGCCGCCAGAACCAUUGCCUUGGGAUCGGAAGGACUGCUUCAAGGAGAGGAAGCACGAGCGCCCAGACCCUGGGGCGCGAUGGAGGGAGUCUCUCUCCAUGUCCUAUCAUCAUGGAUCAUCGCGCGAGUUCGCUCGAUCGGGAGCCGCUGACUUCCGCAGACCUCCUGGUCAUGGUAAGCUGGGUGGUUGGCAUCAGUUUGCUGGAGACCCUGGUUAUGGGUAUGGUCCUUUGCGGUCUGCUGACAAGAUGUUGGAAGCAGAAAGCUGCCGCCCAUUUUUUUCUCGUGGGGAUGGAAAAUAUUUUAGGAAUAAUGUUAGAGAAAAUAGGGGGUCAUAUAGCCAGAGAGAUUGGAAAGGAGGUCAUGCCUGGGAAACAAGCAAUGGUUUCCCCAACACAUAUGGAAGGCUAGAUGACAUGAACAAUGAACAGAGGUCAGUUGAUGAUAUGCUAACGUACCCCCCUCAUUCUAGUUCUGAAUUUGUGAACAGUUGCGAUCAACUUCACCCAAAAGACCAGCAUGAUAAUAGAGCAAGUGGUGGCAAUGGGUUGAGCACUGGAGUGAGAAGUGAGAGGGAGAACUCAGUUGGCUCAAUGGAUUGGAAGCCUCUCAAGUGGAACCGCUCUGGUAGCCUAUCUUCACGGGGCUCAGGUUUCAGCCAUUCAAAUAGCUCGAAGAGCUUAGGAGGUUUAGAUCCCACUGAAGGAAAGGCUGAGUCUCAACAAAAAAAUGUGACUCCAGUUCAAUCACCUUCUGGUGAUGCCGCUGCCUGUGUGACAUCUGCUGCACCAUGUGAGGAGACAACUUCCAGGAAGAAGCCACGCCUUGGGUGGGGUGAGGGGCUGGCGAAAUAUGAGAAAAAAAAGGUUGAAGGUCCUGAUUUAAGUGCAAAUGGAGGUGGGACUGCAGUUUCCAUCAGUAAUCAAGAGUUGAACCAUUCUAUGGCUUCAAACUUAGCUGAUAAGAGCCCUAGGGUUCUGGCUUUGUCUGAUUGUGCAUCUCCUGCAACUCCCUCCUCUGUUGCUUGCAGUUCUUCACCAGGUCUAGAGGAAAAAUCAUUUGUCAAGGCAGCAAAUGGCGAUAAUUAUAUUAGUGAAUUAUGUGGUUCUCCAAGUCAUGUGUCUCAGAACCAGCUUGAGGAAUUCACUUUUAAUCUGGAGAAGCUGGAUGUCAAUUCAAUUGCUAAUUUGGGCUCUUCACUCAAUGAAUUGCUUCAACCUGAUGAUCAUUGUUCAGUUGAUUCUAGUUUUGUUCGUUCUACCGCAAUGAAUAAGUUACUUUUGUGGAAAGGUGACAUUUUGAAGGCAGUAGAAAUGACUGAGUCUGAAAUUGAUUUACUUGAAAAUGAACUCAAGUCAUUUAAACGUGAAUCAGGAGAGAGUUGUCCUAGUCUGGCAAUAUCCAGUUCUUUCCUAUUGGAGCAAAAUCAGAAACCUUGUGAGAAACAGGAGGCUCUCUCAAAUUUGAGCUGUAGACCUACUCCCUUGCAAAUUGAUCAAUGUGGAGAUGCUGUUUUGGAUACAAAUCCUGUGUGUAAUGGGGCAGUGGAAGUAGCUUGUGCUGAUGUUAAGGAUGAGGAUAUUGAUAGCCCAGGAAGUGCAACAUCUAAAUUCACAGAACCAUCAUCUGUAGGGAAAGCAGUUUCUCCUUCUCAUAUUAUUAUAGACUAUGGUGAAUGUUCCAGGGACUUGGAUGCUCUUCAAUCUACAACAAUGGAGGUAUGUGUAGCUUCUGGCUGCAGUGAUGUAGGGACUGGUAUGCCUGCUUGUAAGGAUGGGGGGUUGCUUCCAAAGAUUAGCCACGAUGCAGAAAUUUCAGAAUCUGUGAACUGUCAUGGCAUUGGAGAAAAUAUAUCAUAUGAUGUAAUACUUUCUGCCAACAACGAAUUGGCAAAAAGAGCAUCUGAAGUAUUUAACAAAUUCUUGCCAAAAGAUCAUUGCCCUAUUGAUAUUUCAGGAGUAGUUACCAGUGUAGCUAGCUGGCAGAGUGAUUCUUUUAUCAGAGAAAGGUUUUUGAUGCGAAAGCGGGAUUUAAGAUUAAAGGAGAGAAUUUUGACUCUCAAGUAUAGAGCAUUUCAUCACCUAUGGAAGGAAGAUAUGCACUUGCUUUCAGUAAGAAAAUACCGUGCAAAGUCUCAGAAGAAAUUUGAUGUCACCUUACGAGCAAUGCAUGGUGUAUAUCAAAAGCAUCGCCCCUCUCUUCGCUCUCGAUUUUCUUUUCCUGCAGGAAAUCUGAGCUUGGUACCUACCAUGGAAAUGAUUAAUUUUGCAAGCAAACUGCUUUCAGAAUCACAAGCUAAGCAUCAAAGAUGUGCCCUGAAAAUGCCACCAUUGAUCUUAGAUGAGAAAGAGAAGCAACUUUCAAGGUUUGUAUCUACUAAUGGAUUGGUUGAAGAUUCAUGUGCUGUUGAGAAGGAGAGGUCUUUGAUAAAUCCUUGGACGUCAGAAGAGAAAGAUGUUUUUAUGAACAAGUUGGCUACAUUUGGAAAGGAUUUUAGAAAAAUUGCUUCAUUUCUUGACCAUAAGACAACAGCUGACUGUGUAGAGUUUUAUUACAAAAAUCACAAAUCUGAUUGUUUUGAGAAAACAAAGAAGAAGCAGGAUCUAAGUAAGCAGGGGAAAUCUGCUACUAGUACCUACAUGGUGACUUCAGGUAAGAAAUGGAGCCGUGAAAGGAAUGCUGCCUCCCUUGAUAUUUUGGGUGCAGCUUCAGUCAUAGCAGCUCAUGCAGAAAGUAGAAAUGGAAAUCGCCAGAUGUCAUCUGGUAGGAUCUUUUUGGGAGGAUGCUCUGAGUCUAAAUCUUCUCGAGUUGAUGAUAGCAUUGCAGAAAGAUCAAGCAGUUUUGAUUUUACUGGGAAUGAUAGAGAAACUGCAGCUGCUGAUGUUCUAGCAGGUAUAUGUGGUUCCCUCUCAUCAGAGGCAAUGAGUUCUUGUAUUACAAGUUCUGUUGACCCUGGUAGCUCUGAAUGGAGGUGCCAAAAAGUUGAUUCUCUUAUGAAAUGGACUUCAUCUGAUGUUACACAGAAUGUUGAUGAUGAUUCUUGUUCAGAUGAGAGUUGUGGGGAACUGGAUCCUGUUGAUUGGACAGAUGAGGAAAAAUCUAUUUUUGUACGGGCAUUCUCAUCUUAUGGUAAGAAUUUUUCAAUGAUCUCACGACGAGUCAGAACAAGGUCCCAGGAUCAAUGCAGGGUGUUCUUUAGCAAGAUUCGUAAGCGCCUUGGACUGGACUCGAUAAAUCCAAGAGCCAGAAACAUGGGAACAUCUAUGAGUGAUGAUGCGAAUGGUGAUGGGAGUGACAUGGAAGAAGCUUGUGUUCUGGAGAGCUCGAUAGUUGGUGGUAAGCAGGGUUCUAAAGUGGAUGAAGACUUGCCUUAUGUUGUGACCAUGGAUGAGGUAGGAUCCGAUCCUGCUGGGAAUGUCAACUUAGAGACUGACCUGAACAAUUCAGAAAAUAACAAACGGAUGAGAAUUCUUGAUCACAGUAAUUCUGAGGCUGUGGAAUCUGUUGUUUCUGACGGCAGUUGGUUGGAGGUCAGGCCUCAGCCAAACUGCCGGAGACAUGUCAACUAUGUUGAACAUAACCAGCUAGAGUUGGAGCCAGCUCAGGAAAGUGUUGCACUAACUGAUUUGGAAACUAGCAAAGAUCAACUGACUGAGCAGUGCACAUCUGUUGCAGUUUCCACAUCUGUUGGGGAGGUAGUUGAUGCUUGCCGAUGUAAUAUAAUUUCUGAGACUGAGCUCAAAUCUUUAGCUCAGUGUUCUACUAAGCCAUUAAAAAAUGAUCUGAAGGUUCAGGGACCUUUAUUGGCUAAGAGCAAAUCAGAUGAUCGAGAUGAAGAAUGCAGUGCAAAGACAAUUAGUCAAGGUUUCAGUUUGAGCCCUGAAGUUCUGCAUCCAGUUCCUCUUGAGUUGGAUUCAUCUGGAAAGCCAUCUGUCCUGUUGGCACAGGAGGUUACUUAUGCAGUUCCUAAUUCCAAGUCAAAAGAUUCUGAUGCCUCUAAAUGCGAUAAGGUGUCAAACCAAGAUAGGAUGUCAUCAACACAUGAUUUUCAGGACAGUGGAGAGAAAAGCAGUCACAAAUCUGUUAGUGGAGAUGAGUAUACUGUAUCAAAUCAUGGUGAAUCCUCCCAGAUCUCAGUGCUGCCAGCUUCAACCAAGAAAGAAAUAAAUGUUGAUGCAGGUUGCAUACAGCAUUCUGAAGUUCAAAGCCUUCGGAAGUCAGAUAGGGAUGUGGGUAGUCGGUACUUGGCACAGGAUUGCUACCUCAGAAAAUGUAAUGGUUCAAAAUCUCAGUCUUCAAUAGCUGCAAUUUCAUUUUUGUCGCAAAACUUGGAACAACCCAGUGAUCAUCCAAGGGCGCAUUCCCGAAGUCUCUCCGAUACAGAAAAACCUUGCAGGAAUGGUAAUGUCAGGUUGUUUGGUCAGAUCCUCAAUUCCAGUGGAGAUGAGAAUGACAAGGGGACCAAUUUCAUGAAACAGAGUGCCAAGUCAUCUAAUUCAAAACUCAAUGGUCAUAACCAAGUGGAUGGAAGUACAGCUAUUUUGAAGUUUGACCGUCAUAAUUAUCUGGGACUGGAGACUGUUCCCAUGAGUUUUGGUUACUGGGAUGGGAGCAGAAUACAAACUGGGUUUUCGCCUCUGCCUGAUUCAUCUAUUUUGAUGGCAAAGUAUCCUGCUGCAUUUGGUAACCAUUCUGCAGCCUCGUCCAAAAUGGGGCAGCGGGCAUUGCCAACUUGUGGGAAGAGUAAUGAGCGGAAUUUGAAUGCUGUUUCAGUUUUCCCUGCAAUGGAUAUAAGCAGCAAUGGUGGGGUGAUGGAUUAUCAGAUGUAUAGAGGCCGUGAUGGUUCAAAAGUGCAGCCUUUUAGUUUGGAUAUGAAGUCCAGACAGGAGAUAUUCUCUGAGAUGCAAAGACGCAAUGGAGCUGAUGUGAUCCCGACUUUACAGCAACAAGGGAGGGGAAUGGUUGGAAUGAAUGUUGUAGGGAGAACAGGGGUACUUGGAGGUAGCACAGGUGUGUCAGAUCCUGUGGCUGCCCUUCGCUAUGCCAGAAGUGAGCUGUAUGGCGGGCAGAAUGGGAACAUUGUCAGGGAAGAAGAAUCAUGGAGAGGCAAGGAGGACAUAGGCAGGUAGUAGUUCUAGAAGGGAGCUUAGCGGCAAAUCUCUGCCGCUCAGUGUAUAAUAGUUUUUGCAUUGUUUUAAUUUAAAAUGAUAGGGCAGAAGUGGACGGUUCUGAAGCCCGUCUUUUUGGUAAAAAGGGAUAUUUUAGGAGUUUGUAUUAUUUCAGCAGCUUUGUAUUUGUUGUAUUCGAUGGAAAAUACAGGAAAUAAUCAGUGAACAUUUGGGAGGGUCCAGCUUUCCUGUUAGUCUCCAAUCUAACAAUUGACCAUUGAU